GAGCGCACGCAGACAGAAAGACAGACAGAGAGACAGAGACACACACACACACACACACAUUCACCGGCACCAUGAGUGAGGCGGUCACCAGCUUCUUAAUUGAUUUCCUGGCAGGUGGAGUGGCUGCGGCCAUCUCCAAAACCGCCGUGGCUCCCAUCGAGAGGGUCAAACUCCUGCUGCAGGUCCAGCAUGCCAGCAAACAGAUCACAGCCGAGAUGCAGUACAAAGGCAUCAUCGACUGCGUGGUGAGGAUUCCCAAGGAGCAGGGCUUCCUGAGUUUCUGGCGUGGAAACCUGGCCAACGUGAUCCGUUACUUCCCAACUCAAGCUCUCAACUUCGCUUUCAAGGACAAGUACAAGAAGAUCUUCCUCGGAGGUGUCGAUAAGCACACUCAGUUUUGGCGCUACUUCGCUGGCAACUUGGCAUCAGGUGGUGCCGCCGGUGCAACGUCACUCUGCUUCGUGUACCCACUGGACUUUGCUAGGACCCGGCUGGCUGCCGAUAUUGGCAAAGGCGCUGCCGAGAGAGAGUUUACCGGCCUGGGCAACUGCCUGACCAAGAUCUUCAAGUCAGAUGGCAUCAGAGGGCUCUACCUUGGCUUCAAUGUGUCCGUGCAGGGCAUCAUUAUCUACAGAGCUGCCUACUUCGGGAUCUAUGACACAGCUAAAGGCAUGCUGCCAGACCCCAAGAACACACACAUCGUUGUCAGCUGGAUGAUCGCCCAGAGUGUCACCGCUGUUGCUGGUAUCGUCUCAUACCCCUUCGAUACCGUCAGACGUCGUAUGAUGAUGCAGUCAGGGCGCAAAGGAGCUGACAUCAUGUACAAGGGCACAGUGGAUUGCUGGAAGAAGAUCAUCAAGGACGAGGGACCUCGGGCGUUUUUCAAGGGCGCCUGGUCAAACGUGCUGAGAGGAAUGGGCGGCGCUUUCGUGCUCGUCCUCUACGAUGAGAUCAAGAAGUUCACAUAAAUGCCGAAGCCUCCAGAUCUCGCUCACCGAACGACCCUCAACGCUGUGAACGCUGAGAGCGUGUCGACCGUCCGAGAGCGACAGGAAGCAGCCAGUUCCUCGUCCACUCCCUGUACCUGUGUAAAUAUAUUUAACCCCGACCCACCCACAUCUCAAAUCACGACCGUCCUCUCAGGUCCGAUUACUUUCGGUAUGCAAAUAUUGCUACCGUUUGUUUAUAACAAUUUUAGAAAAGGAAAAAAAAAAAACGAGCACCUCUGGGAGUUCUGGUAAUGGAAGAAGCGUGUCUGUACACCAGAAACAUCAACAGUUCUUGUGUUCUUUUAAUAAAAAUAAACUUGAAAAACACCA